CACUUUGUUGGCUCAUGGGAUGGAGCAGUGAAGUAGCGCCAAAUGGUCUAUGGGUUCAAAGGAUAUUGCCCCAUGUAGAAGCCUUUGCUUUGAAGGAGGAUCUCAUUAUAUGGCCUCCUGUUCUUAUCAUUCAUAACAGUUCUAUUGCAACUGAUAAUACGUCUGAACAGGUAACCAUAAGUUGUGAAGAGCUCGAGGUUGUUAUUAGAGGAAUGGGUUCCGGAGGGAAGAUCAAAGUGGUUCGUGGUAAACCUGCAAAUCAGAGCAUUAUGGUAGUAACUUUCUGUGCAAUGUUUUCUGGAUUGCAAGAAGCAGAAAGACUACACAAAAACUUUGCCGAUAAAAGUCAUGGGAGGGAUGAGUUCCAUGAAAUCAAUUCGAGUCAUCGCAUUGACAGCCAUGGGGAUUUGCAUAAAGCAGGAGCAAACAAGAUGGAAAGCGUUCUUUAUGGCUACUUAGGCCUCGCAGAGGACUUCGAAAAACUUGACUUUGAGACCAAGAAGAGGUCCGUGGUGAAAAGCAAGAAAGAAAUCCAGGCCAUUGUGGAUGCAACUCUUCAAUGUUAGUGUUUACCAACUAAACGAGAGGUUUAUGUAUUCUUCUUGUUUGUAUAGAUUGUCUCUAGUGUUGGGUUUGGUUAAGGCAUCCGAACCUACGACCAUUGUCUUAGUUUAGUAUUUUGGGUCAACAGAACUGGUUUUUUGUGACGGGGGAAUUUUUUGGUAGGGACUCACAUCUCAGGCAAAUUUGAUGUGUUGUUAAGGGCUUGGUAGCAGUAAGUUGUCUAGGUUUAAGUUUUAGGAAAAGAAUGUUCAUUGGCUUUGCCACUCUUGAAUUGAGAUUCUACAUUGCUAAUUGUGCACAAAAUUAGCCCAUGUAUGGUUGAAUUAUUGAAACUUGCUUCUGUUUCAACUUCACUGUAUUACUGCUCAUGGUUUAUAUUAUAUGACACUUCAUACUGACUCUCCACAAUAAGCCAAGGUAACAAGGCCUUGUGAAACAUUUUCAGCGAACAUUAUCCGAAUAUAUGCUGCAAUUGAACCCAU